AGGAGAAAUGUCUUCAAGCGCUAUGGACGAUGUUGAUCGUUUGUUCGCGUGCUUCAAGUGCGGUUUAUCCCCUCCUCAAUCUGCUAUGAGGGAAAGAAAGAGAACUAAAAGCAGAUUGGAUCAAGGAGGUUCAACACAUAAGAUCUCAUCACAUUCUAGCCUUCUAUCUCCCAAAUCAGUUGAAAAGGAGUGGAAAAGUCCCACAACUUCUGCCAUUUCUCCAUCUGGCCAAGCAAAAGACAUACAGUCUUCCAUUCAGAAAAUUAAAUCAGCUAUAGCAAAAGCAAAUGGUUUUGGUCUUGGGAAACAGUUCUCUCCAGUUGUAUUUUAUGGAACUCCACACGGAGUACCUCCCAAAAAACCAGUUCAUUACUGGCGCUUGUUACAUGAGAUACGUCUUGAUCUCAUUGAGAAAAAUAAACCAGAUUUAAGGGAGGAGGUUUGGGUUACAUUUCCAAGGCAGGAGGAAGCAAUGAAGUUUGCCAAAGGACAAGACCAUCUUCAUAUCUUCAGUUAUCAAGACCAUUUUAGUGGACAAAGAAGGUUCCUCGUGUCUACAUAUACAGAGUUCUGGAGAAGGUACAAAAAUAUGGAUUCCAAAUUGCGUCAUCAUUAUGAAGUGAUUCAAGAGGGUUUACCAUGCCAUAUUUAUUUUGAUUUGGAGUUCAAUAAGAGAGUCAAUCCAGGAAAGAAUGGAGAUGAUAUGGUGGAUCUCUUGAUCUUAGUGGUUCUAGAGGCCUUAAAUGAAAAAUAUUUCAUCUCUGGAGACCCAGAAUGGAUAGUAGAACUGGACUCUUCAACUGAUGAAAAGUUCUCUCGACAUUUAAUUAUUCGCAUACCAAAAUCUGCUUUUAAGGAUAACUCUCAUGCAGGAGCAUUUGUUUUUGAAAUGUGCUCACGAGUUCAAAAUGCUAGGGAAAAGGAUGGAAGAUUUGAAAAAUUGUUUGUGAAGAAGGAUUCAAGCUCUGAUGAAUGUUCAAGCCAACUUUUUGUGGACACUGCUGUAUAUUCUCGGAAUCGUUGUUUCCGUCUACCUCUAUCAUCAAAAGCAGGAAAAAGUUCAAUACUUGUACCAUCUGGGCGAUACAAGUGUAAGAACUUGGGUGAAGAAGACAUGUUCAUGGCAUCAUUGAUUUGCAAUAUAGAUGCUGAUUGCAAAAAGUAUUUACUCUGGAAAACAGAAUCAAAUUGUGUGAAGACACUACAAUAUGAUACAGAGGUGAAUUAUAAUCAUGAAAACUGUCACAAAUAUCCUCUGGAAUUCACAUUGAAUAGUCGUGAAAGCGAUGCUCCAACCGCAUACUUUGUGGGAAAAUCACCAUUCCCGUUUCUAGACAAAUUUGUAGAGUCCAUUGCCUCUGUUGGGAAUAUAUCAGGAAAAAUUCGAGCUUGGUAUUGGUUCUCAGAAUUUGGACUGAUAGUAUAUAGCAUGUCAAGGAAUCGGUACUGUGAACGAAUUGGGAGGGAGCAUAAAAGCAAUCAUGUGAUGUAUGCUAUUGAUUUGAGAAGGGCAGCGUAUUAUCAGAAAUGUCAUGAUCCGGACUGCAGAGGUUAUCGAUCUCCCUUGCGACCCCUUCCAGCUGAAGUAAUCUAUGGUUCUUCAAUUGAAUUUAAUUCAUUUGGGAUGGUUGAUAAUGAGCAGCCGGUAGAUAAUGACAAGAGACAUCCAGUUAUUAAUGAUGAUCAGGCACGGAAAUUCCCAUCCUACAAUGAUAAUAUUGCAGACAGUCCCAGUGGUUCUUGGUGGCUAGAAGCAUUAAAAGCUGUUGGGGAAGUUGAGAAUAAGCAAAAGAAGACAGAACUCAGAACUACGAUAAUUGAUGACGAAGAUGAGGAAUGGUGGCUGGCGGUGGAAAGGACAGCCAGCCAGGCUGAAAUGGCAUUCAAAUAACUCGUGUUGGCACCAGCAGGCAGCAGCAGAGUUCAGUUGCGUUCCCUUUCAUGGCCUGUGGCUCUGCCAUGUUCAUGCACCACUUGUGGCAUAUGGUGGAUAUGUGUGUGUGUGUGUGUGUGUGUGUCUGUAUAGGCUCUAACCUCUGUACACGCUACUGAAUAUUUUUGCAUAUAGUUGUCUACAACAGCAAGCAAUCUAUAUUCCAUGGUUCCAGAGUCUCUUAUGCCCGAAGCUUAUCUGAAGGUGUUCUUUUUGAUGGAACUUUGAUGAUCAUGUAAUUUGACUGUAAAUAUCAUCUAAUUUUGUAAGAUUAUGCUUUGUAAUGAAAACGUAUUUCUUUUUUCUUGUAUCA